ACUAUCAGGAGAGUUUCAGUUACCGAGAAUGGUGUCCUUGUUAGCGCAGUUUAUUCCUUCAGCCACGACCCAAUAAAGGAUCUACGUCAGCAUCACUCUGAAUGGGAGCACUGUGCUGCAGCAAGUGCUCUUGAUAACUUGAGCAUUGUUCGAGCGAAUACGAACUCCAACAGAUUCAAUUAUGUUCCAGGGGGCGAUUUCAGCUCAGUGAAAGGCUAUGCAGUGAUAAAGUUGCAUUCCUUCUCCCGUUUUUCUACCUUUAUGAAGAAGCAUUUUCGAUCCUUGCUUCCCCAUUCCUCUAAUGAAAUUGAAUAUUCUGCUAACAUUUACUAUACAGAGAUGCUCUAUUGCCAUUUUAAUUUUGAGUUCUUCAUUAUUCAAAAUCUCAGUGCAUUGGCUAAGAGGGUUGAAGAUCAGAUUUCAAAGAGAGUAAAUGGAAAUUAUAAGCGAGGGCCUUUUUCUAAUUUCAAGUUCCAAGAAGAUGAAGUCAGCCUUGAAAUUCAAGAGAGCUGCGGAAAUGGAUGGAAUAUAAAGAAACUAACCCCACUUGAGGUUUUCAAGCGGGAUGUUGAUAGGUAUAGUACUCGCCAGGAGCUGUGUACAUGUCAAGUGCAAGUCUGGUGCGAGAAUGAGGAAGCUCCAAAGCAUCUGGUUCAGACAGUACUCAUCAAGGGAGCUAAAGAGCAGUGCAAUUUCUUAACUGUGACCUCCCCAACGACAUGUCUAACUAAGCCUACUCUGCCAUCAAGUACUCCCUCUAGUAAGAUUCGAUUACGUUGCUUGCGAUACAGUAGAAAUCUAUGUUCACACUAUUCUACUGUUAUACAAGGUCCCAGAUCUGUGGAUACCACAGUAUCGUUUAAUGUCAAGCCAAAGUUGGCUGACUUGUCUAAUGAGUUGGGGAAACUGACGUGGAGUGAAAUUAAGUCUCUGGCAGUACAACUUGAGAUUGACUUCAACAAACUAUUGAAGAUAGAGGAGCAGACUGACCAAGCCACCGACCGUAUGCACCGAGCAUUGAACAUUUGGCUGGAAAAAGACCCUAACGCUUCAUGGGAGAAAGUUAUAAAUGCCCUUGAUCGUGUAGAGGGGAAAGAUGUACUGAUCCAAAAACUGAAGGAGAAAUAUCUUCCUUAAUCUCCAGAUCUACAAACUGGUGGCCAGUGAAGUCCAUGCUAUUUUGAUAAUAAUAUUUUAUACUUGUGUAAAUCUGUGGAAUGGUAGCAUUUGAGCCCUGAAAUUAGUAUGGUAUAUACUCCAUUAGUAUGUUGCAGGUCGUAGUGCAGCCACGCCUGUUUGCAAUCCCGUUUGAAUUUCAUUUAGGUCUUCACAAGGCAGAGUGGUCGGAG